CUCAUUCAAAAAGGCGUCGGCUUGAAAACGUGCGGUCGCCUGAACACUUAACAGUGAGAAUAACCAGAGGGUCUUCUGUUUUCCUUUCAAAUGGCACCCAACACCCCCUGUUUCAUGUCGGACCUGUCUUGAUGGAGGACACGCUAAGACGGACGCGUUGCAGCAAUCCAAAAAACAGUGGCAAUGCAGUAAAAGCAUAUUUGGAUAGGAAAAAGCUCCCCAUUGGAACACUAGCAGACAUGGAUUGGCCUCCCCAGAGCCUGGACCUCAAACAUUAUUGAAACAGUGUGGGAUCAUCUAGACAGAGCACGGAACAAAAGGCAACCAACAUCCAAAGAGCUCUGUCCUUCAAGCAGCUUGGAGAAGUAUUCCUGAAGUGUACUUGAGAGCUUGCCUAAGAGCGUUCCAGCUGUGCUGAAGAACAAAGAUAUGGCCACAGAGAGCAUUGUGGAGAAUACCUGUUACUACAACGAGAAUGUCACCUUCUUCUACAAAGUGGUGAAUAAGACGAUCAGUACAGGAUGGAAUACACGGGACUAUGUUGUCAUUGGACUGGGCUUGACAGUAUGUGUUAUUGUACUCCUGGCCAACUUGCUGGUGAUGAUAGCCAUUUUUAUGAACCGCCGCUUUCACUUUCCUAUCUACUAUCUCCUGGGGAACAUGGCUGCAGCAGACCUGUUUGCAGGUAUUGCUUAUACCAACCUGAUGUUGCACACAGGCCCGUGGACUAGAACACUUACCAAGGAGCAGUGGUAUAUCCGCGGCGCUUUGAUUGACAUCAGCUUGACAGCCUCUGUGGCCAACCUCCUUGCUGUUGCUGUGGAGCGACACCAGACCAUCAUCACCAUGCAGCUUCACAGCACUAUGCCAAAGCGGCGUGUGGUGCUGCUGAUAGUAUGCAUCUGGGCCACAGGUAUCAUCAUGGGCCUGGUGCCGACAUUUUGGAACUGCGAGUGUGAUCUUAAGGACUGCUCCACCCUUGCGCCGCUCUACAGCCGCCGCUUCCUUAUCUUCUGGGCAGUCCUCAACCUGCUCACGUUCUUCGUUAUGGUGGCCGUGUAUACUCGAAUCUUUAUCUACGUGAAGAACCAAAGUAAGAACACGUCUCAACAAGUCACAGAGAUCCGACAGCAGACUGUUGUCAACCUGAUGAAGACGAUAUCCAUGGUCCUGGGUGCCUUUGUAAUUUGCUGGACGCCUGGCCUCGUGACUCUCUUACUGGAUGGACUGUUGGGUAAAGAGAGUCAUGCCAACCGCUAUGAGAAAUACUGUUUGUUCAUAGCUGAGUGCAACUCUCUGGUCAAUCCUAUCAUCUAUUCCCUACGGGACGACGAGAUGCGGACGACGUUCAAGUGGAUCCUGUGCUCUCUGUGUCGGAGAGGUGUUCAUCAGCAGAGGCAACUUUCACUUGUCAAGAGGGGCACAUCUCUGCGAGAGGAAACACUUGGCUCUGGCCUGAAGUCAGAAGCCGAGGCCUUGUGUUAGGACGACAUCAAGAAAGACAACGCCUGGUCAGUGACUAGGUUAUAAACGGCAGAUCAAAAAUAAUAUAAGUAAGAUGUAUAGAUCAGUUAAUUCUUCUAGAUAUCAGCCAAAUUCUGCAAAGCUCACUUUUCCAUGUUUGCUUUUUGAUACUGAAUUAAAGGCUGAACAAGA